AUGGAGGACUCGUACAGUCACCCAGUGAAACGUGCUCAGACGUCUCUAACCCCCCAAAGUCAGCAAAGCCAACAAUCGACGGCCUAUCAGGUCAACGUGAGCCGGAAGAAGACGAGGAAAUGGGUCGAGGCUAAGGUCCAGAGCUAUGACGGCGACGACUGGGGAGCUGACGAGUACGACGAAGAGUCGGAUCAUGAGCCUCCUCCGCCUCCGCCAAUCAACCCCUCGCUGCGCACAUUCUCUGGCACCGACCUGCUACACUCUCGCCACAACACUCCCAGCCCGGCCUCGAGCUUGAGUGCGCUGCCGUCUCUGCGAACACAAGCUCACCAGCAGCAACAGCAAUCUCCCGCUGUGCCACCGGCCAACCAGCCUCCGCGCAUUGGAGUUACUUCGCCUGUCGUAUCAGAUGUCUCGACUCGUAGUGCCUCGGAGUCGUUUGCCAGCGGCCAUGUCGUAUCACCCCAGCCCGUGACUGCUUUCCAAGGACGUGAAGGCGACGGCAACCUGUCGCUAGCCGGCAUUGCUCAACUGCCUUCACAAAUUCAGCAACAACAACCAGCUCCCGGCGGCUAUGAUGUAUCACGCUCUCCCAGCUUUGAUCAGGCUAUGAAGCCCACAUCUACGCCUCCAGCUGUCGUUGAUCGCUCUGUAUCGCCCCAAAUUUCCGCACCGGCACCAGCACUGCCGCCCGCGGAACAACCUCCCCCCAUCAUCUACUCGCCUGACAAUUACAGUCGUCUCCAGGAUGAUGUGGACCGUGAGACAUUAGCCGGGGCACCUGGUAUUCCUCCCAGCUCUGGAGCUGAACAAUUCACUGUGUCUGCUCCAAAACCAUUGUCUAGCGAGGAUAGACGAGAUACUUGGGAAAGAGACGACGAUUCUUCUCACGGUGAUCACCCAGAAAACCAGGGAAUCCGUCCUGACUUUGAGUCUCAAGCUGGCAUUGACCGUGGACGAAUGUCUGUUAGUCCAAAGUUGCCGGAUCUUGCUCGCAUGUCCGCGUUUGGGACGGAUCUCUUCGCCUCUUCAUCGAGCAACAACAACCUUUCGAAGCAAACUCCUAUCAGUGAAGAUCAAGCGGAUAGAGGCGAGCCGGCUACUAUUCCGGCAGCUACCACGGCGGAAUCUCGCUGGCAACCUCCCGUAGUGCCGGCCGAGGACGAAGAUCAUUCAGAAGCCCCAGGGGGUGCGCCUCUCUCCCAGCCUAACAACCUGUUUCCUGGCAGAAACAUUCCAGUAAUUCCACCAUUGCGAACUCCUAGCCCCCAACCGCUCGCUGCAGCCCCCUUUGACCCCCAAGGCACCAAAAUCACUCCUACAGAGCCUCUUCAGCCUUACAGAGGAGAGCCAUUGCCAGAGUUUGAGGCCCCUCAGUCGUUUCAAAGAGUGCAGACUUAUGGCACCGACAACUCGUCUCCCAUGAAGGAUAGUCCGUUGAAAGAAAACGACGUGCUUAGUGACGAGAUUAUGCGAACUCUUAGCCCCUCGGGUGCAACCCCUGCUGAUGUCAAGCUCAGCGAUGGUCCUCAGCUGCAUCCUCCAGAAGACCGGAGCGGCGUCAGGGAGAGCAGUUACACUCUUAUGGACUAUGAUAGUUACUGGGCAGACACAGCAGAAGACUCGGGUCCUGGCCAUGAAAAUGUGCCGGUGCCGUCGACUGAGAACCUUCAGAGCACACCGGCCGCUACAGAGCCGCUUCCCGCUCCUUCAACGCAGUCUGGUUUGAAAUCGCCCCCCGAUACCACUUCUCCAUCACCACCAGCUACGAUAACGUUUGAUUCGAUGUUCUCUCCUCAACAACCCCAGCAACAACCCCAGGAAGAGCAGCAACAGCAAGAUCAACAACAGCGACAACCGUCUCUUAGACGAAGAUUUUCCUGGGAAGCUGAAGAGGAGCAGCGCACUCCGACCACUCUGGCUCAGACUCCCAUACAAGCUCAGCCAACUACUGAUGACUCUGCUGCUCCUGCGUUAUCACAGGCACCAACAACGGCGGCGGGAUCCGGCUUGGGUGCCUUGGCGAUUCAGACAUCCAAUCCAUCCGGCAGCCUCCCAGGGCAUGAUUCGUCACUCCCCGAGCCUCCCUCCCCAGUGUCUAUUUCUGUGAUCAGUGACAACCCUUCUACCACUGCCCGUGAACAGGCGCGCAUGUCCAUUGCGGACGAAAAGUUGUUCGCCGACCAGGGCUCUGUCAAUUUGGUGACGGGAUCUCCACCUCCAGCUUCGGAUUCUCACCCGGCCGUGUCUUCACCGACUUCUGCAGCGUCUGUGCCCGCUCCACAAACCCCUGCCCCUAAUCUGAACCCACUUGCACAGGCCAAAGCCAUGAACUUCCGAGAUAUCAUGGCUCUAUCCACGCCUACGGAGAGGAUAGCAAAAUACACUGAAGCACGUGAGGCCUUGGCAGCAAGGGAUUCCGGCUUGGAGAGCUGGCUUUUAUAUCUGACGACGGAGCAUCCCGAGCUUUCGGCAUCCAUCUCUGCCCCGGGAGGCCAGAUGACCCCUCGGUCAAGCAACAACGCCUCCUUGCCGGUUGGAUCUCAGCCCUCGAGCCAACAGCCUUAUUACCAGCAGUAUCUCAACGCCAGCUCGCCAAGCACGUCUGGGCCACAAAGCGGAGGUGGGGGUAGCGGUGGUGGCCGCUCAAGAUUGGGUGGGUUGUCGAUGCCAUCUCAGAUGUCCGGCAGUGCGUUUGGGCAUUCGGGCAACCAGAUUGGCACAAAGAGCAAGGAGUUCAUGCAUUCAGCUGGAAAGAUGGGCAAGGGACUGUUGAGCAAGGGCAAAAGCAAACUGCGCGGAAGCGGGGACAAGGUCGACACGAUCCCUCCGGACCAUCCGAUGCCCAACAAAGCACAACGACGCUCGACAUGGCGAUUUAGCCUCGAGCCAAGACCUCGUGAAGAUGAUCCUGCCCCACAUUCCAGCAGCGACAUCUCCACGACACCGCCACAGCUGCCCGACCCGUCCCCGGUCUCCCCCUUGAACGCCGCAUCUGGCCCUGGAUCCGCCUUUCCAUGGAGUGUCUCAGAUGACAUGCCAGCCCCCGACCCGUUCUCUGGGAGGCUGCCCGGCGAGGUACACGUCACAUCGGAAGACUUAGUAAUCUUCAAUUCCUUCCUCCACGGGGCUUAUCCGUCAGCAGAGCCGGAGGAGCAUAUAUUCCCCGCUGGCCAAAGGAGCUCUGACUUGAAUCCGGAAAUGGUGACGCCGGACGAUUGGGUCAUGGUUCAGCAUCAGGAUGAUCAAGCACGACAGCAACAGAACCAACCCCUAGACAACUCGGACACGCCUAAGCGCAAUUCCUCCUUUAUCGGUCUGCCACCCAUCAGGCGAGGCUCAACAUUUGGCACAAAAUCAAAGGCACGGAGGGCUACGGAGCGUUUCUCCCUCGAUGACGAAGACGGUGACGAUGGUGCUGACAUUGAUGCUCCUCCCCUCUCUCCAGUCAGCGGGAUUGACGCGCCGAUACAUCCCCCAGAGGCUGUGAUGGGCAUGAAUCAAGGGGGACGCAAUGAAAAGGCUCUCCCUCCUCAGCCCGGCCAUGGAGUGCCUAUGGCCAUGGGUGCGAACCCUAGAUUUGGCCAGCAACAGAGUUCCAAUGCCGGCCAUCAUCCUCACCAACAGCAACAGCAACAGCCACAGCAGCCAUAUCCUGGUGGACCGAACCCUCAAUUUGCUCAAGGCGCGCCCAUGAUUGAUAGCCUAGUUCAGAAACUUCCUCCUGCAGGUCCGUGGAAACUGGAAGAGAGUCAUCUAACCGAGCCGCUUCACCUAACCAAAAAACGCUCCGGCACAGAUUUUUCGCAACAGGAUGCCUACUAUGGGUACAAUAAAGAGCUUGGAUUAGAAAUCCCUGCGGCUCCAAUGCCUCCCACUCAGGGCCCUCCCGGGCGAUUCAGAAGCGACGUACCCCCAUCGUCCGCUCGGCGUUAUCCAGAGCUGUUUUCACUACCAGGACAAGACCCACGGCAAUUUGGUCGAGGCCAAGGAUACCCGCCUCAGAUGCAAGGUCGCCCACCAAGAGAGGGGGCAGCGCCUGUGCGACAGCAACAGGGAGGACCAGACGCUGAUGAGCGUGGGCGUAGGAGAAAUUCGGGCAUCUUUAAAGAAAUUGGAACACGAAUUGCGAGAGCAACCUCGAGAGAACGACGGAGCUCUAUUGCCGAAUCUAAGCCACCAUCUAUACAGCUUCGAGGGGAUGAGGUAUCUGAAGUCAGUGUCACAACGGAGGAUGCUUCGGACCGUAGAAAGAAGCGAGCCAGUUUCUUUGGGUUCUCUGGCCGUCCUUCCUCAACGGACCAGCCGCCUCGGAAAGAAGAGGAUCUAGGCAAUCAGGCACGCCAGCGGGAUACACGAUCUGCUGGGGCCGAGCCACCUGCUGACCCCCGCGAAGAUCAUAAACGCUCCCUCUUUGGUGGUGGUGGACAGUCCAAGAUUGGCCCCGGCAAUUUCUCUCGCUCAUCAACUUCAAACUCCGCAUUUGAGUCGGUCUCUGGUCCCAGUGGUGACGGCCGAGACAAUGGGGUUCCGCAUAAGAGAAGGAUAUCUGAUAUCGCCAAGGCUUCCGGCAUUGCGGGCUUAUUUGGUCGCGCACGUCAGGAUCGUUCGUCAUUAGGUGCAAUGCCCCGGCAGCAGAACAACGACCAGGCCUUGAACCAAAGAGCCAUGAUACCUGAUCGACCGCCCAUGCAGCUCCCAUCUUUGGAUUUUACAUCCGACCCUCUGGCUUCCAUGUCUAGUUUAGGAUUCGAGGAAUCAUUUCAGAACUACCAACAAGACGAGCAUCAGCCACAACCACAACGAAGCAUAGAACAGCCUAUGCAGACACAAUUCGGCAACUUCAAUGCUUUUUCUGUUGGCCCUAUGAACCCUCAAGCUCAACAGACUUCUCCGCUACCCACUACAGUUGGAAGCCAAGGGAGGACAGUUGCCUCAGCAGGAUUGACUUCUCCUCAGUUCAACCAGCCGCCACAGGGCAUUAGCCAGGAUUCAGAGCGACAGAAUCUUCAGAGCCAUUUGCCACCCCUUGCGACCAAGACUCUGGUGCCGGUGCAGAACGUGAAUACUACUGCUACAGAGGACCAAAAACCUUCCGGCAACGAGAGUUUGGAAACCCCAACCGAGUCCCAGUUAGACUCGGCAAUGGACGAAAAGACCCCAAGGCUUCAAGAAUUCAUAUUUCAAGAAAAGCUGGCAGCUCUUCAAAUUGGGGAGGAUAAUGUAAGCGAAGAGGAGGUUCUGAGGUCUCAAACGGUAUCACCGGAUAUAUCCAUUGUCUCCACCACCAAGACGGAGGAGCAAGGCCCCGUUCGAUCACACAGCAAUACCUCUGAGCAUAGCGAGAUGGUUGAGGGAGUUUUGAUUACUCCUCCCCCUGAGGGGUCUCUUCCACCGGCUGCGGAUGCUGACAAUGCCGGCCAUUCGGCCAUUCACCAUGAUGUGCCGCCGUCAGUCCACUCUUUCCCAUCCAUUUCUUCGCUCCGUGAGAAAUCAGAUGCCAAGUCUAUUCAGCAAGAAGGAGGUUCUGUACACCAGACUGAAGAGAGCGUAGCAAUAUCACCGGAACCGUCACCUCAAGUUACGAAAUCUCAAGUGUCGAGCAAAGCCGCAACACCAGUGUCCCAGCAUCAACAACUGCACUCGCCGGUUUUGGCGACAGUAAAGCUGCCAGAGCCGCAGAGCACCGAUCUGCCAGCUACUCCUCGGUCUCAAACUAGACCUGAAUCGCAGCCGCGGCCCCUCGACACGGCAGGGCAGAGGCAACUAUCCACUCCAUCAUCACCGCUCCCUGCCGGUAACCAACCAGUACAGCAACAACUCGUACAGCAACCAGCAGUACAGCAGCAACCCGUGCAGCAACCCGUGCAGCAGCAACCAGUACAGCAACAGCUUGUACAGCAACAGCUUGUACAGCAACAACCCGUACAACAGCAAUUCGUACAGCAGCAACAACCCGGACAGCAGCAAUUCGUGCAGCAGCAACAACCCGGACAGCAGCAGUUCGUACAGCAAUAUCCUGUACAACAACAGCGUCCUGGACAGCCGCAGUACCCUGUCCAGCAGCAUCCUGUCCAGCAGCAGCGGCCCAUGCAGCAACAACCGGUGCAACAGCUACGGCCUCAAUAUGCACCAUCAGUGAGCGCCUCUAAUGCAUCCAUUGCUUCAGAGGCAUCAACCCCGGUGUACCAAGUCCAAUCCGGAUCUCAAAGCCUAUUCACCGGGCUCCCUGGGCCAUUCGGGCGCGCGUCUACAGAUGCUGCAGCGCAGCAGAAAGAUAGCCAGGGAUCGCGAUGGAAAGGACUCAAGAACCGAGUGAGCGAGCAGAUUUCGCAAAGGUCUCAGCCACAGCAACAGCAACAGCAGCAACAGCAGCAGCCACCGCAACAACAAAACAUGAACCAGGGCCAGAAUAAGACUGCUGUUGGAGACAAGAUUAAAGGCAACAAGUUACUAGGCGCUCUGAGACGUACAUCGAAACAGCCGGAGCUUAGCCAAAACCAGGCCAACGUUCAGCCGUCUCCCAACUCCAGGCAGCUUCCCAACCCGAUCCCACAGCCUCAUCCCCAGGGAUAUCAGCUGCAACCUGGACAGCCGCAACCCGGACAGCUGCAGGGCCCACGGCCUAAUGGCAUGCCUGCUAACACUCAACACUUGCAGCCAUCUAUGCAACCGCCUAAUAUGCCGAGAGCAAAGACUAUGCCUCCUGGGCCCCCGCAACAGAAUGCUCCCCCUCGAGACCAAACACGGUCAUCAGAGCCGCGUUAUGAAAGCGUCCCUAUUCCCAGAGGGUACUCGGCGGUCCACGGCGAGGGCAUGAUGGUACCAUCACCAUAUCAACCGAAUGUUCGACGCCAAUUUGGCCCCCUGCCUCCCCAGCAGCAGCAGCUACAGCAACACCCUCACCCUCAUCCACAGAUGCAACGACAAUGGCAGGGUGGUCAUCCCCAGCCCUUGUCUCUGCAGCCUCAACCAACUCAAUUCCAAGGAAGCCCUCGGAUGAUUCAAGGUCCCCAGAACGGGGGGCUGGGUCAUAUGAGAGCUCCAUCUGACUCACGAUCCGAUUAUCUCAACCCCCAGAGUCCUGAGUCAUUCAAUACACAAUCGAGCCGGCACAACAGACACAGUUCCCAAGGUAGCCAGAAUAGCAGAGCUGAGCCACCGCGGUCUGCCAGUGACAUGGGCAGCAAUCUGGGAAUGUCACAUCCCGGCAGCCCUCAGCCGUCUGAAAAGGGAAAUCUAUCUGUCAUGGACCGUCCUCGCUCUGCUUCACGAAGUCCCGCUGUCUCGGUUGGGGCUGAUCAGAAGCCUGACUUGAAUCCUAGCCCAAAGCCAGAUGGAACAACUGAUUCAAGCCGGGCGUCGAACCUUGGCAUAGAUGUAGAGAAGGCCCAGCAACUAGUGGAGGACGACCUUUAUUCUGCUACACCCAAGGUUGUACCAGCAGUGGCAGGAGAUACUGGUAACCCACCUGCCGCAUCUCAAUCAGCAUCAAAUGAGCAGGCAGAAAGCUCUGCAAUGGCAGCGGGCAAGGCCGUCGUCGUACCAGCAAAUGCUGGUGCGAUGGCAGAGCUAGAAGACACGGAAGAAGCACGGAAGCGAGCCAUCAGGCUAGCAUCACAGGAAGAAAAGAUCUUUUACGAGCCAGAGGAUUACGAACCCAAGAUGAGCGCAACGAGCUAUCCUGGACAAGAGUGGAAUCCUUUUGGCGAACCGGAAUUUGCAGACUGGAAGGAAGAUUGA